AGGAGCAGCAAAACGACAAACAAACGAAUCGUGCUUCUCGCCGAUGGUCGUGCCUCUGAGUGCUCCUGAUUUAAAGUUGAAAUUUGGUCGACUCUAUCCCGUUUUGGCCUCGGAAUUCGCUCAAAUAACUUCAAUAAGGUGUCAAUCCAACGUAAAAUCCUUUCAAAAUAUGUCACAAGUGGCUGCAAUUCUUGAUGGAGGAGGGGGAGCCACAGGGCCUGGAGGUGGAGGAGGAGGAGGAGGUGGAACCGGAGCAUGUGGAGGAGGAAGCGGCAGUGGUGGUGGAAGACGUCGUGCCCUUGCACACAAUAAUAUGAUUUUUCCUCGGAAGCAAAAUAUGCACAACCACAAACAUGGUCGGAAGCGAUUGCAAUCUGGAGGUGAUCGUGGAGGAAAGUUUCACAUUCCUCAUAAAAAACGCCGUAAAGAUGGACAUAUUCCCCCUACAAAAUUUUUACUUGGAGGAAACAUUUGUGAUCCAUUAAAUCUUGGCAGCCUACAGGAUGAAGAAAUCAAUAGAGCCAUGAAUGCAGUUACUCCUAAGUCAUCUCCCAUCCCAACUCCCAAGCAUCGAAAAGGGGAAGUUGAAGUAAUCAUCCCUCCCAAUAUUAAUGAUCCACUAAAUCUGAACUCAUGUGAAGAUGAGGAAGAGUACAUGGCUCAACUGGCUAACUCUGGAGGAUCUCCGGUUAAGAAAGCCCACCGAAAUAAAAGCAAGAGAAAAAAGAAAAGGCUGAGUGCUAUUUCAAAUUCCUCAAAAGGCGAAGAAAACGCAGAUGGUCAAACAAGUUUAGACAAAUCUGGCAAUUUAAGUAUGACUUCAGAUAGUGGAGAAACUGGCCCAGAUAAUACUAGUCCACUUAAAGAACGGACUCUUACUGCUACACUGCCAGUCAAUCUGGGAGAAAAUGCAGCUCAAGGUGGGGGUGAUUCAACUGAAGCAGCUGCGCCAGAACCUGCUAAAACUCAUGAGAGUCCCAUGAAAAGGCCUAAUAGGAGAUCAGAAGAGGGUGCAAAAGAAAGACGACCUCGCAAGAUGGAUCUGAAGGAUAAGAUUGUGAGCCCAGUCAUAUGGCAGCCAGGACAAAAACAUGUUCAUGGACAUCAUGGGCACCAUGGGCAUGGUCACCACGGCCAUACAAGAAAUCAGAAGUUCAAAGAAAAGAGAAAUAGUUGUGAGCCUAAAACUGAACCCAAAUUUAGAGCUAAAGAUGUUUCAUUUCAGUAUGGCAACUUCAACAGAUAUUAUGGAUAUCGUAAUCCAAGUAGUGAACCAGACUUACGUCUUAGGUGCUUUGCUGAAUACCCUGAAUUGUUUAGAGAUCGAGAUGUUUUGGACAUAGGUUGUAAUGUUGGUCACAUUACUUUAUCGAUUGGUCGUGAUUUCCGAGCAAGGAGUGUUGUUGGCAUUGACAUUGAUCGUAAACUCAUUGAAAUUGCACGAAAAAACGUCCGUCAUUAUGUCAACUAUGAACAGUCACCUGCUCCAACUGCAGCAGGCACACCAAGCAGUACGCCAAGCCACUGCACUCCUUCUUACACAUCGUCUCUUGGAAUUCAAAGUCAAAUGACUGCUGGCAAAGAUAGAAGUCCACAUGACCGAUUUUUUCCAAUAUCCAUGCCUAUUGUGUAUGGACCAAUCGAUAUUCCUGGAAUAACUGAUGGAAUAAGAACACCAAGGCCAGCUUCUGCGCCUCUUCCUUUCCCUAAAAACAUAUCUUUUGUCCAGGGUAAUUAUGUGUUGGAUUCUGAUUCACUCCUUGCAUUAGAACAACCCCAAUUUGAUGUAAUUCUUUGUCUGAGCAUCACAAAAUGGUUUCACUUAAACUGGGGUGAUGCUGGACUAAAAAGAGCGUUCCGAAGAAUGUAUCUUCAGUUACGCCCUGGGGGUUGUCUUAUAUUAGAACCUCAAGGCUGGCCAUCUUACAAUCGCAAAAAGAAACUGACUGAAGCCAUUUGGAAAAACUAUAACAGUAUUGAAUUUUUUCCAAACCAAUUCAGAGAGUACCUCCUAUCGCCAGAAGUAGGAUUUUCACACUGCAGAAUUUUAGAUAUCCCCCAACAUUCUGCCAAGGGUUUUCGACGUCCAAUAACCAUGUUUGUGAAAGGGGACCCUUCACCUGCUCAUUCAGCAUUAAGUAUUGACAGCUCGACAGUGCUCCGCCCCACUGUAUAUGCCCAAACAAGCUGUGAUGGUGCUUCUCCUAUGAGUGGCACUCCAGAUCCACUUUGUGGACAAAAUCUACCCUGUACAUCACCAGGAGCUGCAAGCUUCACUCCAGAUAAUCAAGUUGCAUCUCCAAUGACCAGCGGACACACGCCUAAAUAUCAGUAUGCUUCUCCUGGCCCAAGCAGUUUUACUCCUGAUCACCCAAUAGCAUCUCCUGUGCCCAGUGGAACAACAUCAGGACCUUACUGUGCCUCCCCUAUGUCAGGAGGUUACACUCCUGAUCCUCAGAGUGCUUCACCAGCCCAAAGUUGUCUAACUCCAGAUUAUGCUGGUGCAUCCCCUAUGCCAGCAGGUCUUACUCCAGACCCCCGCAGUUUGUCCCCAGGUAGUAUGACCCCUGAUCCCCGAAGUACUUCCCCAUUUCCUAGUGGCUUGACUAGUGACUUUCAGAGUGCAUCUCCCACUGGAAGCUUUGCACCAGACACACAAGGUGCUUCUUGUGAUACCUCUGAUGGAGAGGCAACCAGAUUUGAAACUCUAGACAGUAAUCAAACUAAAACAGUUAUUCAGGGAACUCUUGUUAAUGAAGGAACCCUAAUGGAAAAGCCUGUAACAGGGAAGACUGAAGAACUAGAACGUAAAUGUGAUGUAUCUAAAGAAAUUGGUUUAGGUGUGCUAUCUGGUGAAAAAGGUAACCAAGAUUUGACAGAGGGGGAAGGGGAUUGGACCAAUGACUCUGCAAGCUCAGCUGUUGGGACAUAGGGUGUUGAUGAACAUAGUGAAAGUCAAGCCUUGUCAUUAUUGCACUCCUGUUUAGAAGUGGUCAAUGAACUCAAGUGUAUGUGUAAUUCACCCAGUGAGAUAUGUAAUCCAGAUCUAGUGCAUCUAUAACCACCAAGUUACUUCUUUCAACUUAAAAGUAUUUUAAAUUAUUUUUCAUUUGGACUGUCAUCUGUCAUCCUUAUUUAUGAUACAAAUUUGUUGUGUGGAAUGUCAUAUCAAUUCCAAUCAUGCAUUAUUUCAUUGCUGGUCUUUCUGGACCUCCAUUGUCAGCAUUAUUUUCAUUUUUAAUUGCGUAUUAUUAUGUUUUUAUUGUUCCUGAACGUAUUUACGGCUCUGUUAAAUAAACCUGUAUGAUUCUUUCAAUCACUUAA